CAGCUGGAAACAGCUGCCCGCGCCCCGCGCCCCGCGCCCGCUCCCCGCGCCCCGCGCCCGCGCCCCUACCCGGACUCCGGCUCGCCGCUCCCACUUCGCGCCUCUCGGAAUUGCAGAACUCCGGCGGCCGGGCCCUGGAGAACCGCAGCCGGCGCGAUGCGUUCCGUAGACCUCACCCAGCCGGGACGGACCUCCUAACCUCCAGAACUGCGGGCCGCAGGGAGUUAGAUUGCUGCCUUCCUCUCCUUCCCUCUGGCUGGCGGUUGGUGGCUUGUUUUCCAAAGGAACGUUUUGUUCACUUUUUAGCAUUUUCUACCGGGGGGCACGCUACCCGCCUCGGCCCGGACUCUGCUUUGCAAACGGGUUUUAUAUGUCUGUAUGUGUGGAUGCACUUCGGACACCUUGCCACGCUUGCGCCUCCCCAGCGGGGGCACGGCUCGUUGUUUCUGGACAUCCUUCCGACCCUUCCACUCGGGACUCUGAACGCAGUGUGACCAAAGUCCCCCCCCCGCCCGCCCCUUGGACGCGGAUCGCCGGGGGAGGGUGCAAGUUUGGGGCGCAGGAGUCUAGUUAACUGGAAGGCCUGGGAGCGCCCCGCCCCGCUGCCAGCGGUCGGGGAAGUUUACAUCUGGAUUUUCACACGUUUUGUCGCCACUGCCCAGACUCUGACUAACCUUGUGGGCGUCGGGUUUUCGGCACCGCAGGCUCCUCAAACCUUAGCACUGCCUCCCCGCGCCUGCCCCGGCCCUCCAGGCCGCCGAGGUCCGGCCCUCGCCCCGGCGGAGCGCGGACCCGAGGGCGCAGGGGAGCCGGGCCUGGGGCCCGCGCUGAGCAGCUAUGGCUGCGGCGAUAGCCAGCUCCUUGAUCCGCCAGAAGCGGCAGGCGAGGGAGUCCAACAGCGACCGGGUGUCGGCCUCCAAGCGCCGCUCCAGCCCCAGCAAAGACGGGCGCUCCCUGUGCGAGAGGCACGUCCUCGGGGUGUUCAGCAAAGUGCGCUUCUGCAGCGGCCGCAAGAGGCCGGUGAGGCGGAGACCAGAACCCCAGCUGAAAGGAAUUGUGACAAGGUUAUUCAGCCAGCAGGGAUAUUUCCUGCAGAUGCACCCAGAUGGUACCAUUGACGGGACCAAGGACGAAAAUAGUGACUACACCCUCUUCAAUCUAAUUCCUGUGGGCCUGCGUGUGGUGGCUAUCCAAGGAGUGAAGGCCAGCCUCUAUGUGGCCAUGAAUGGUGAAGGCUAUCUGUACAGCUCAGAUGUUUUCACUCCAGAAUGCAAAUUUAAGGAAUCUGUAUUUGAAAACUACUAUGUGAUUUAUUCUUCCACACUGUACCGUCAGCAAGAGUCAGGCCGAGCAUGGUUUUUGGGACUCAAUAAAGAAGGUCAAAUUAUGAAGGGAAACAGAGUGAAGAAAACCAAGCCCUCAUCACAUUUUGUACCAAAACCUAUUGAAGUGUGUAUGUACAGAGAGCCAUCACUACAUGAAAUUGGAGAAAAACAAGGGCGUUCAAGGAAAAGUUCUGGAACACCAACCAUGAAUGGAGGCAAAGUCGUGAAUCAAGAUUCAACAUAGCUGAGAACUCUUCCCUUCAUCCCUCUUUCAUCCCUUCCCUUUUUUCCCUCCCCUUUACCCAUUUCCUUCCAAUUAAAUCCACCCAAGGAGAGGAAAAUAAAAUGGCAAUCCAGGACCUAGUGACUAAGAUUCUGCACUCAAAAAUCUUCCUUUGUGUAGGACAAAGAAAUUGAACCAAAGCUUGCCUGUUGCAAUGUGGUAGAAAAUGCACAUGCACAAAUAUUAGCACACAUAAAAUCAAGGGAAAAAAUAAAUCAAGACAUCACAACAUUGUACUGUUAUUAAUAGAGGCUAAUUAUAAUGAAGACAAUAACUAUAAUAAAUUUGAAAUAAAGUUACUAUCUUAAAGACAAGGGUUUUGGAGAAUUGAACUUACAAAUCAAUGUAAUACCCUGAAUAAUUUAAACUUUGGGUAAUGCUGUGAUGUGUGCUUUGUGUUGAAUUUGAAUUUUCUUUGGGCAUCUGGAAUUGACACAUAAUUACAUCCUGUCUCCAGGAUUUUUUUUUAAUCAUGAUAUUGAACAUGUACGAAUCUAGAUUCUUCUAAUGCCUGUAUGAUAUAAGCCAGGAAUCAUUUAAAAGUUUAAAAAAAUUUUUCUUGAAGUUGUUACUUAUAAUUAUUUUAUGCAAAAGACAGACUUCUGUUGAAUUUAAUGAUAUUAGCUGAUUUCACUCCUUCAUAAAAAGUUUCAGAUUAACCUAGAAGAUUAUCAUAUUUUUAUCAAAGGAAUUAAUCCAGGAUCUCAUUUUUAUUCAUCCUUUAGGAAAAAAAAAAUGUGUUCUAAGGCUGAGGUAACUUUUGGGAAUUCUGUGUCAUUGCCAUGCCUGGGCGGUGAUGAAUAAGUCAUAUGGUCUUAUCAUGUGGUCUGUUUUUUUACAUUGUGCACAGUUUUGAGAGUACAGGUGCAUGUCCAGCUGUGUUAGAGAGUUUUGUACCAUCUCUUGCAGCAGGAAAGAAUAAAAGGGGUUUCACGUAAGGAAAUAAGUCCUAGGAAAUUGUUAAAGCAAAUCGUAUUUGCCAUUGUACCUUACCAGAGUUUUAUGUAUGUAGCAUUUUCCAGACUUCACCAAGAAAUUAGGAGGCAUGGCUAUGAAAUUCCUAACUUACCAUCUCAUGAAGCCAGUGGCUUGCUUGUUGCUAUAUAACUUUGUUAUUAAGUAUAGUUGACAGUAAGUCUGACUCCUAGAACAUAGAAGGGAACUUAAUAUACUGAAUUUUCAAGGGGCAUAGAGAAAUGAUACAGAAUUAACAGCUAUGGUUCCAACAUACCGUUGUGUGAAUUUAAAGUAGUAAAAAAAAAAAAAAAAGAACCCUCAGGUUAAGGACUAGGCAAAUGCAUAGUUAGGAAUAAUAAAGGAUUAGAAAAAUAUCAGGGAAGAAAUUAAUGUUAUACAAUUGCCUUGGAAAAAAUAGACGUACUUAGUCCUACAAAUCAGGAGUGGUAUAGAGACACCCAAAUUAAAAUAAAACAGAAUGUUAAAAAAUGUAUGCAGAAUUAUGGAUAUUACCAAUGAGAAGACUUAGCAUGUUACUUCUCCUAUAGCUCUACUGUCCAGCAUGUAUUGUUCCAAAUACAACUCCCUAAAAUAUAUACACUCUGCAGAAGCUCUAGGCCUUCACUUAAAUGACCUUGCCAUUGGUUGCUGUAUUCUUUCAAAGUCAGUGUAAUUCCCCUCACUCUACACAAUCAUUAUUCUUUAAUAGUGGUUUGUGUCCUUCACCAAGCAUUCUAUUUAGGUUAUCAGGAGGGUAGCAGCAAAUGAAAUGGAGGAAUUUGCCUUAUCAGUUGUAAAGACUAAAAAUUAGGCAUCUUGGCAAGGAUUUUGAACACAAAUUUGCAAAAGAUAUUUGUUUAACCAAAAAUAUUUUGAAAGUAACAAAUAAAGACACUUAAAAGAAAAUAAAAAGAAUGUUACUCUUGUAGGAAAAGAAUACCCUUGUAAAAAAAAAAUUACAAUACUGUUUGUAUUUCUGCUUGUCACUCUUGAUUCAACUUGAUUUUAAACACACUUGUCACUUCCAGGACCAAACAAAUCCCAAGCACAAAGCCUGUUUUCUUUGAAAAAAUAAAAAGAAAGAGGAUUCUACAAAAUGGAUCUCAGGCUCAUUUAGCAUGAAAUGACUUGAGAUUUUAUGGUGAUACACACACACACACACACACACACACACACCCCUACGACCCUGCAAACUUAUCAGUAACACAAUUGACAAUGUCACAAAGUGUUAUUAAUUACAGUAAUGAUUUCAUGACAAUAUAUUUAAUCUGGUUAAGUAUUAUGAAAAAUGUAAUAAAGAUAUGAACUCCCAACACAAUUUUCCCCUUAAUUUUCAAUGGCUGUCAUCGUUUAUCACCUAGACUCAUAUUUAUCUUCUUCCUGAUAGCAAUUAAGAAACAGAAGCUUAAUCACCCAAUUUCUAUAAUGUUUUUCCCACAUCAUUUAAGCAAAUGCUGACCAUAGUAAAACGUUUAGAAAUUAGCUUUGCCUUAUUUACAAUUAAUUUUAAAGAAUAAAUGGGAAACAUCAUAUUUCUUUUACAUAUUAACCUGACAAAAACUGUAGGGUGAACAUUUGCUUAACCGCUGCUUACUUUUAAAGUACCUAAAUCUUUUAAAAGAAAAAGUCAGUAUUCACUGUCUAGGUUUUCAGAAGUUUACCAAAUAUAAACAUAUAAGUAUCCUAUUUCCUCUAAAAAUAUGAGCCAGUUUAAGUAGUUUUCAUCUUUCUUCCACGUGAAAGAAUUUGUUACUUUGAUUUUUGUCAUUCCCAUUUCUGGGUCUCAAUUCACCCAUCUCUUAUGUUCCUAUAAAUAAAAUAAGCUCUUUCUUUUUUCAAUGCAUUGGGAUAUUCUCAGGAAAAAUAUAACUUUUAGUAAAGCUUUGUAAUUGACUGUGUACAUAUAAGUCAAGAUGUGUUUAUUCUAAGAGUCUUUAUUGUAUAACAUGUUUCAAAAUCAAUGGGCUUAAGAAUGAAAACAAGACUUUUGAGAAUCUCUAAAUAGUUUUCUGGUCAACAUACUUCAAUUGAUUUUUAAGCUAGAAGUUAGAGGUAUAGAAACAAAAUGGUGCUGAAGUUCCAUUUGCUAAUUCAGAGCCUUUUGUGCUUCAGGAAACCAGAGGACAGCCAGCCAACCUGUUCUUGAUCACAGUAAUAGUUUAGGUUUCAAAUUUUACAUAUGAAUUUCAUAGCACAUUUUUAGCCACUAUGGAUGGGCGCAAUAAAGAGACAUCAAUUUGAUGUAAAUUGUGAUGCUUUAUGGGCCUCAUUUUAACCCAGUAGCUUUUUAGAAGAAUUCUUCAAUUUAGGAAAAUGACACUGCUGUAGAUAGAUAUUAUUAUAUCUAUGGAUGGUGGUCCUAUGGUGCCACUAGGACGAGAUGAGAAUAUUAAGGCAAUAGUAAAAGGAUGAAGAAUGGCUUGUCGUGUAUUACAAAGUUCGAAGGUCCUAAAUUGAGACCACUGAUUUCUUGGUGAAGAAGCAUGACUACAUCAACACUAAUUUUUUUAAACAUGGACCCAGAAAUAGCAAAUCUCUUCUAUCCUCAUGGCUUAGUCUACAAGGCCUUGCUCUGAGAAGGUUUUUCCAUGGUGUUGCCUAAUUUCGUCUGCACAAGGUGAGACACACUCAAACAUCCAAAUUCCUUGCUCAUUUUAAUAGCAUAAAGGCUGAGAUUAUUUCUCUGUCAUAAAAUUGUAAAUAGCAUUUUUUAAAUCAGAAUCACAUUUAAAACAGUGGAUUGUUCUACAAGUAUAUAUGUGUAUAUAUACAUAUGCUUCUGAAAUAAGGGUAGAGUUUUUAUUUGACUUGUGUUCUUUAGCCAUAGCUAACCAAAAAAUAAAGAGAUUUGAAUGCAAAACUUUAUAUACAAAUGUAUAUUUCUAAUGGUGAUAUAAAUUGCCACUUUAUAAUAAAAAUAAGGAACUGGUGGAAAUAAUCAUCAAAGCACAUGCUCCUUCAGAACUUCAGUGAUUCUGAAUUCCCUCUUUCAUAUAGAAGUGAGAUUUUUUUUUUAAAUUUAUCUUAAAAAGCUAUACUUCUGACAUAGAUUCCAUGAAAAGUCAUAUCAGAUUGAAGAGUUAUGGUUAAGGGAAGGAAAAAGAUGCUAAACGCAGAUCUUUAUUUUUCAGGAUUUUUCCUUGGAGUCCAAGUUAAAAAUUCAUUAUUUAAAAUCUAAAUAAUGUGAAAAUUGCUAAUGUUCAGAGAUGAUAUAUUAGGCUUUUGUAACAGAAGCAAAAAUAUAUUUAACAGUACAAUAGCUCUAAAGUAAUGUCAUCAUAAACAUUGCAUCAUUAGAUGUUUUAUUAGUUGGAAAGAAUGAGUUGAUGUUUCCUUGUCUUUGCUCCAAGCACAACCUGAAGACAGUGGCAUUCAUUUUACUUAAAGUCGUUCAAAAGUCCAGAAUAUACUCCCAUGAAUAGAAUUGGCAUUAGUUCCAUUACAAGGUUAAAUGUUACAAUUCUAAGAAAUUAUUGACACUGAAAUGUUUAAUAAACAUGUUGUAUGAGAAACUGAACAAAUUAAUGUUUCAUUUUUGCAUUGAAGCACAGACUAUUCAAAUCAUUAUUUUUUGAGAUAAGAUUUAUAAAAUGUUUAUACGUCACAAUCUUCCUGAAGUAAAAAUUAAAAUCAUGAGAUGUUCAUGCAUGUAGACAAAAUACUUGCAAUUUUUUUUGGCAUUAAACUUCUCUGGGAAGUCUCUCCUUUUUAAAAAUGUACUUAUCCUAUAACAUGCCACCAAAAAAGUGCUGUGUCUUAUUUUAAAAGAUUAAAAUUAGAUUCACAAAAGGGGAAUAAGUCAGAAUUUUCAUUGAACGUCAUAACCAAAAGUAAAAAUUACUUGCUAAAUAUGAAACAGCUAGUGGUCAACUUAAUGUCUUACUUUUUGAGGAUUAAAAAAUAGAGUUCACAUUCAUUUCUUCAUUGAUUCACAGUAUACUAACUAGAGAUGUCAUUGAGUUUAGGGAUUGUAAACUAAAUUUUAGUCUAAAAAAAACUAAGAAAGGCAAACAUAAAUAAAUAAGGUAAUACCUGAAAGUUAAUGUUACAAUAAACUUUUACAUACAACUGGCAAUGCAACAAUGAAACCUACAGGGAAGGUACUGAUUGAAAAAAAAAAGUGAUUUACUGAGUGAUCAAAGAGAUGACAAGGGGCCCCUCAAGUAGA